AUGUCAAUCCGUGUAAAGGAAGAACCGAUCGAAGUGGAAAUGCUGCCCCCUUGGACGUCACUGAUUGAACCUUCCGCCCCGGUAUAUAUAAAGGAAGAGGUUAAUACGACAUCCUCGCUCUUCCUCGACAGCACGGCGACCGAAAAGAGGACUCGCCCUUCACGUUUCGCACAACUGGUUGAGCCCUCGCCCCUACCUACUCCGCCACCUUCCGCCGAAUCUCUACACCCAACAGAGGCAACAUUAACGACAGCGACAACACCCAAAAGGACAUCGCGCUUUGCGGACAAGACAAUGGUUCAGCAGACCGGGCCGGUUGCCGGGCCACCAGGAGCCACAACCAAUUUGGGAGAUAGUGUGGCCCAGUCGUCGAUUGUGAUUGCGGUGCCUCCAUCUCCGCCUAUUUCUUCAACAUCCCCACCAAACGACCCAGAAAGCCAACCACUACCCGCACUGUUGCGCGACCAGACCACCGAACGCUACGCUCACGAACACACCCACGCCUACGAGAGCUACGAACGCGAACACAGGAAUACUGCGGAAGAAGACACCAUGGCACGCGGGAUAGCAAAGCGUACGACCAAGCCCUACGGGUCUCAUCAGAACAACAACCACCGACGUGAGCGCGAGGAUUCCUCGACGCGAAUCCAGAGCCUUAUGCGCGAUUCCUGGUCGAUCAAACGCGAAAUUACCGCCUCUCUGGAGCGCGAGAAAGACGUUAUCAAGGAGCUGAAAUCCCUUGACUCGAAAUCGAUACCUGCGCCCUCGCGCCUGUGGGACGCGAAGGACGAUGCACGUGUACAUGAUCUGCGCAACCGCCUUAAUAGUGCCGAGGGAGAGCUCGAGGAAGAGAAACGCCGUGUCUGGGUCAUCGACCGUGCGCUAGAGCAGGAAAGGGAGCUUCGCUUCGCCGUCGGCCGCGAGCUCCUAGAUGCCAACCAGCGGAUGAUGGAGCUCGAGAGGGAGUUAAAGGAGGAGAGAGAGAAGCGGCAGCUCGCGGAGGACGCGAUUAUGGAUAUUAGAAGGGAGUGCAGGGAGCCGUUCGUCGUCCCGAGCUUGGUCGAUGCCUACUUGCAGAUCUCAAAGUUGACGAGCAGGGCGCUGAAGGCGGCGGCAGAGAGGAAGGCAGCUGAGAAGGCGGGUGUGCAGGCUGCGCCUACUGCUGGUGGCUCUGGAGCUUGUGAUGAUUGUCUGAUGACUGGCAUCGAUGUUCAAGAAGUCUUGAGUGGCACUAUAAUGUCGACGGUCUUGACGACAGACCGUUCGCCUCAAGCGAACCAGGAGCUCCUUGCUGAGGAAAUGGAUUUUUCUGAUUCUUGA